AUGGCCCGUUUCAGUCUUUCAUUCCUCGCUGUCCUGUUUGUCCUGGCCGCUGUGGCCUUGUCAGUGCCCGUGAAGCGUGAUGAAGGCAAAGCUGCUGCCUUCAGCCUCGAGAGUGCCCUAGGCCCUCUGGAGGGCGCCACCAAGCUUAUCCCCGGUCUCGACAAGGAUGACGGAAAGCCCAAGCUCACUGCCGAGGAAAAGAAGCAGAAGAAGGAGCAAGAAGAAGAGCAGCAGAAGAAGGAUGACGAGGCGACGAUCGCCAAGGCCAACAAGAAGAUCGCUGAGGCUGAUGGUGAUGCCAAGCCCACUCCUACAGCCACCCACAAGAACAAGGUCUCGUCGGGCAACUUUGUUACUCCCUCCGCCACUCCUACUCACAAGGCCAAGUCCAAGCCCAACUCGCUGAGCAAGAUCCCCAUCAUUGGUGGUAUCCUCGGCGGAUCUGGAGUCGGUCUGUAA